ACAAGGCAGCGCGUUCCGCCAAAUUUCUUCGACAAAUACUGAGUCGUCAAACGUUCGUUAAGGAAACCCGUACAUGUUUGCCCUGAGCACUUGCCGUAUGAAGUAAUUUCAUUGGCUAUGAGAGUCGUAGUUUCUUAUAGAGUUCGCCUAAAAUAUUUACAUGUGGAUCACCAUAUACAUUAUUGUUUCCCUGCUAGCUUUAGCUAUUCAAAGCUGUUGCAGCGAAACACUUAAGAGGGAGAAGCGGUAUUUAAUUUUCACACCUUUCACACAAUGGGGAGUUUUCGCGACAAUAUCCAUACCUUUACAUCCAGAAGCGACUGUUAGCGUUGCGUGGUUUUUCGAAGCGAAUUAUUAUAAUGUCGACAAUUCAACUUACUUCGAACCCCUGCUAGGUGAUAUAGCUGUAAGUAUUACCUCUCAUGUUUUUAAUUAAAAAUAAUUGUUAUUUAUUUAGAAAUCAACAA